AGUAUUACCAUCAGAACUGGAUAAAAACGAAAGGUUCCCGAGGAACGAUCCAGCCUAAUAAUGGUGGGUCUAACGGCGGACGAUAUGGUUUUGCGGACCGCACAGCAUCAGCAGCCAUCGCCCAUCCGCCAACCGGUGCAGUCGUUAUCCGGCCCGGUCUUCAUCCCUCCGAAAAAGCGGCAAGCGGGAAAGAAAGCCAAUCACAGCAACCAUAUCGACCACAUCGUAAAUGUACAGGGAACCCGUAAGGAAUGGGAUCUUACACCGGAACGAGAAGACUGCCGCAAGACGAAGCGCUGGAAUAGCGAGGAGAUAAUAGAGAUUAAGGCGAGUGCUAAGGCCGUUGCACCGAAUCACACCAACGGCACGAACGAGGAUGAGGACGACCUGAACGAACUGCAACAGUUUCACCCACUGAAGGACAGUUCGACCGUUACACCGAGCAGCAUCUCGGAAAGCAGCCUCGAUCGGAAGUCGAGCAAAUCUGCGGAGCUACUAACGGGCGGAAGUGGCAAACGGUCCAAGAAGCGUGUUAACAUCCGCACCGAUCUCGAUGAGAUUGACCAUCGCAGGUCGCCUUCUGCGAUCUGCAACUACGAAGAUCUCGAAUCCGGUGAGACGAGUGUUUUAAAUGCAGAACUCGAUGAUCAGCAAAGCCUGGAUCGCUACAACACGAACCGAUCGUAUGGGUCCUCGGCCGAUAACUAUCUCACAAUGACCGGUACUAUCAAGCGUGGUCGCAAAAAGGGCCAAUCGAUCGAUGUGCAACUGAACAUUUCACGCGAAGAGCUCGAACACAUCAGCAAGCAAGCGCUAGCGGCACACGAUGAGACUUACCGCGCCAAGCAAGGUUGCUGCACACUGAGGACCGGCGUUCACAUACUGCUCCUGUCCCUUCUGUGUCUUCCGUUCGUAACGCUUACGGCAGGAAUCUAUUCGUUCUACGUGGGGACGGUCACGUGGUACAACAUGUUCACGUACUUCAACGAGGAACGGUCGUACUUUCACAAGCUGCUCAUGUCUCCGCUGCUAAUCCUGGCCUAUCCGCUCGGUAUUGUCCUGUGCACAAUUGGGCUCGGUCUGUACGCAGGCUUCCGGCAGCUCAGCUUCCACUUCCGCUCGUGGUUGAAUGAGGUGUCCGAUAUCGAGAAGGGCUUCUAUGGAUGGUUGUGUUCCUUUCUACACCUCUCCGAUUGCAGCCCGUACGAGGUAGUCAUACUGACUGAGAUCUGUCCGACGAAUGCUGGUGCUGGUGGAGCUAACGAAGGCACCGGGCCAACAGCACAUCCGACGGUCGAUGGACGAUUACACGGUGAUUCCACGCAAAUCAACUCCUCCACCGAGGAACUGUCGGUUUAAGAAUGCUCUCGAUGCUGGCAGAAAAGAGACCAUGGGCCACUAUAUUCCAUAUCUUUCUAGUCACUCUAGUGUCGUAGCCAGCCAGAUAGACUUUCCCUCACCCUUACCGAACUCACUCAGUAGUAGCAAGGUGCGAGGGACCAAUCUUUACCCAACGCGAAGCCGACGCAAUGUCUAUGGACUUUUGCUUAUGCCGAGUGCUCCCGCUUUGCUCCAGUGUUCGCAAAGACUCUGGCGGCUGCGAUAUUCUAUCAAGCAACGUUUCCAGUUGAAUCUACUUAUACAUUUAUCAAACAAUCAGACUAACACUAGGAUGAUGCAUGCGCAUGUAACCAAUGAGACUCGAACGGAAGAUGAAGGGGAUGAUGGUCAGCAUAAAUCAUAAACGAGACUUUAUAUACUCCGA